AUGUUGAAGUUAAAGUGCUCGGAGACGGUCAGAGUUGUCGUACGAUGCCGGCCAAUGAAUGGCAAGGAGAAAGUGGCUUCCUAUGAGCAAGUGGUGGAAGUGGACGUGAAACUGGGGCAAGUCUCGGUCAAGAACCCCCGGGGAACAUCUCACGAGCUUCCAAAGACGUUCACCUUCGACUCUGUUUACGACUGGAGCUCCAAACAGUUUGAGCUUUACGAUGAGACUUUCCGGCCUCUGGUGGACUCGGUUCUCCAGGGCUUCAACGGGACCAUUUUCGCCUACGGGCAAACUGGGACAGGGAAAACCUACACCAUGGAAGGGGUGCGUGGGGACCCCGAGAAAAGAGGGGUCAUCCCCAACUCCUUCGACCACGUCUUCACCCACAUCUCUCGGUCGCAGAACCAGCAGUAUCUGGUGAGGGCCUCCUACUUGGAGAUCUACCAAGAGGAGAUCAGGGACUUGCUCUCCAAGGACCAAUCCAAGAGGCUGGAGCUGAAGGAGCGGCCCGACACGGGCGUCUACGUCAAAGACCUCUCCUCCUUUGUCACCAAAAGCGUGAAAGAAAUCGAGCACGUGAUGAACGUCGGCAACCAGAACCGGUCGGUGGGCGCCACCAACAUGAACGAGCACAGUUCCCGCUCCCACGCCAUUUUCGUCAUCACCAUUGAGUGCAGCGAGGUUGGGCUGGACGGGGAGAACCACAUCCGCGUCGGGAAGCUGAACCUGGUGGACCUGGCGGGCAGUGAGCGCCAGUCCAAGACGGGAGCCCAGGGCGAGAGGUUGAAAGAAGCCACCAAGAUCAACCUCUCUCUCUCCGCCUUGGGCAACGUCAUAUCGGCCCUCGUGGACGGCAAAAGCACCCACAUUCCCUACCGAGACUCGAAGCUGACCCGCCUGCUCCAGGAUUCCUUGGGCGGCAACGCCAAGACGGUAAUGGUGGCCAACAUCGGCCCGGCCUCCUACAACGUGGAGGAAACCUUGACCACCUUGCGGUACGCCAACCGGGCCAAGAACAUCAAGAACAAGCCCAGAGUCAACGAAGACCCCAAGGAUGCUCUCCUGCGGGAAUUCCAAGAAGAAAUUGCUCGCCUGAAGGCCCAGCUGGAGAAAAGGUCCAUCGUCAAAAAGAAGAAGAAGGAGAGGAGGAGAGAUGGCGGGAUCGGGGAGGAGGAGGAGGAGGAAGAGGAGGAGGAGGAGGAGGAAGAGGAGGAGGGUGGAGAAGAGGGAAGGGUGGACAAAGAUGACUACUGGAAAGAGCAGCAGGAGAAGCUGGAGGUAGAGAAGAAGGCCAUCCUGGAGGACCACAGCUUGGUCGCCGGCGACAAGAUGAGGCUGCUGAAGGAGAAGGAGAAGAAGAUGGAGGACUUGAAACGUGAGAAAGAAGCGGCUGAAAAGCUGGGGGCCAAAAUCAAGGCCAUGGAGAGCAAGCUUCUUGUUGGCGGGAAGAACAUUGUGGACCACACCAACGAGCAGCAGAAAAUUCUGGAACAGAAGCGGCAAGAGAUUGCCGAGCAGAAACGACGGGAGCGAGAAAUCCAACAGCAGAUGGAAAGCCGGGAUGAAGAGACCCUGGAGCUGAAGGAGACCUACAGCUCCUUACAGCAGGAGGUGGACAUCAAAACUAAAAAACUGAAAAAGGUGAUGACCAGUCAAGGAGAAUCUUUGUAG